AUGAGCGAGCCCUACGUGAAGAAGCUGUCCACCAUCCUGCUGGACUCCGUCACCGACAAGGACCCUCUGGUGCAGGAGCAGGUGUGCGGCGCCCUGUGUGCCCUUGGGGAGUCGCAGCCAGAGGAGACGCUCAGCGCCUGCGAGGAGCACCUGCGGCAGCACGAAAAGCUGGCUCAUCCUUAUCGGACGAUGAUCCUGAGGGCCAUGGAGACAAUCGUGAGCAAUCACAUCAGUGAGCUGGACAAGGACAUGGUCAGGGCCAUCAUCCUCCUGGCCUCCAGCGAGAUGACCAAGGCCAAGGACCUGGUUUUUGACUGGCAGCAGGCUGCCAGCAGCGUCCUCGUGGCGGUGGGCAAGCGCUUCGUUGGCAUGGUAAUGGAGGAGAUGCUGGGCAAGUUCCAGCCCGGAGUCCUGCCGCAUUGCUUCGUGGUACAGACGUUGGCCAACCUCUCAGUCUUCAACGUGUUCGGCAUGGUGCCCUUCCUGACAUCCGUCCUGAGCACCAUGCUGCCCAUGCUGGGCAUGGCCAAGCACGACUCCAUGCGGGUGGUGUUCUGCUGUGCCCUGCAGCGCUUCAGCGAGAGCACCCUCGAGUACUUGGCCAACCUGGACCAAGCCCCAGACCCCACAGUCAGGAAGGACACCUUUGCCUCCGACAUCAGCAGUGCCUAUGACACCCUCUUUCACCACUGGCUGCAGAGCCGCGAAGCCAAGCUCCGGCUUGCUGUGGUGGAGGCCCUGGGACCCAUGAGCCACUUGCUGCCCAGCGAGAAGCUGGAGGAGCAGCUCCCCAAGCUCCUGCCGGGCGUCCUAGCCCUCUACAAGAAGCACGCCGAGACCUCCCACGUGUCCAAGAGCCUGGGCCAGAUCCUCGAGGCGGCCGUGAGCGUGGGCAGCCGCACGCUGGAGGUCCAGCUGGACUCACUCCUGGCCGCUCUGCAUGCUCAGAUCUGUGUGCCUGUGGAGACUACCAGUCCCCUGGUGACGAGCAACCAGAAGGAAGUUCUGCGCUGCUUCACGGUGCUGGCGUGCUGCUCGCCCGAACGCCUGCUGGCCUUCCUGCUGCCCAAGCUGGACACCAGCAAUGAGAGGACCCGCGUGGGCACCCUGCAGGUUCUGAGGCACAUCAUCAACUCAGCUGCUGCUCAAAUGGAAGUUAAGAAGCCCUUCAUCCUGUCCUCUAUGAGGCUUCCUCUUCUGGACACCAACAGCAAAGUGAAGCGGGCAGUGGUGCAGGUGAUCAGCGCCAUGGCCCACCAUGGCUACCUGGAGCAGCCCGGGGGCGAGGCGAUGCUGGAGUACAUCGUGCAGCAGUGUGCACUGCCCCCCGACACCCAGCAUCAGAAACCCAAUGGCGAGGAGGAGCGCCCGGCCAACAGCGUGCGUGACGUCAGCAUCAGCACCCUCUACCUGGUCAGCACCACGGUGGACAGAAUGAGCGAAGUCCUCUGGCCGCACCUGCUCGAGUUCCUUACCCCCGUGCGCUUCACAGGGGCGCUGACCCCGCUCUGCCGGAGCCUCGUGCACUUGGCCCAGAAGAGGCAGGAGGCAGCGGCUGACGCCCCCCUCAUCCAGUAUGAUGGCAACGUGACCCUGCCAUCUCCAUACGCCAUAGCCACGAGGCUUCUGACCGUGUCUUCCAGCCCCUACCUGGGGGGCAGCCGUGGGGCUGCCUCGCUGUGCCUCCUGAACAUCCUGCAUCGGGACAUCCACCCUUUGCUGGGUCAGCGGUGGGCAACGACCAUCCCCCUGCUGCUGGAGUACCUGGAAGAACAUACUGAGAAGACCCUGUCACAGAAGGAAUGGGAGGAAAAGCUGUUGGUGUUCCUUCGGGACAGUCUUGCUGUCGUGUCUGACAACACGUGGAUCUGCCAGCUGAGCCUGGAGAUGUGCAAGCAGCUACCCUGCUACAACGGGAUGCCCCAGGAGAAGAACUUCCUGUACAAAUGUGUGGGGACCACCCUGGGUGCUGCUUCCAGUAAGGACGUGGUGAGGAAACUCCUGCAGGAGCUGCUGGAAACAGCCAGAUACCAGGAGGAGGCCGAGCGUGAGGGCCUGGCCUGUUGCUUUGGGAUCUGUGCCAUCUCCCACCUGGACGACACCCUGGCUCAGCUGGAGGACUUUGUGAGGUCGGAUGUGUUCAGAAAGUCCAUCGGCAUCUUCAACAUUUUUAAGGACCGGAGCGAUAAUGACAUAGACAAAGUGAAGGGCACGCUGAUCCUGUGCUAUGGCCAUGUGGCGGCACAGGCCCCCAGCGAGCAGCUGCUGGCCAGGGUCGAGUCCGACAUCCUGCGGAACAUGUUUCAGUGCUUCAGCACCAAGGUUCUGGGAAUAAAGGUAGAGACCAAGGACCUGGGCCUGCAGCUGUGCCUCGUGCAGAGCGUGUGCAUGGUGUGCCAGGCCAUCUGCAGCAGCGCGCAGGCCGGCUCCUUCCACUUCGCCAGGAAGGCCGAGCUGGUGGCCCAGAUGAUGGACUUCAUCAAGGCAGAGCCCCCGGACUCGCUACGAACGCCCAUUCGGAAGAAGGCCAUGCUCGCCUGCACUCACCUGAACUCCCUGGAGCCCGAGCUGGAAGAGCAGGUGCAGGCGGACAUGAUCAACAGCUGUCUGCACAGUGUCAUGGCUGUGCUGCCCGAGCCCGAGGGGGAGGAUGGCCCCCAGGAGGUCCUGUACCAGGACACCAUGAACGCCCUUGAGGAUCUGCUGAGGAGCAUCCUUCAGCGGAACAUGACCCCCCAGGGCCUGCAGCUCAUGGUGGAGCACCUGAGCCCGUGGAUCAAGUCCCCGCGGGGCUACGAGCGGGUGCGGGCGCUGGGCCUGAGCGCUUGUCUGCUGCAGUUCUUCCUGGAGCACCUGCACGUCAGUGCCCUGGUGCCCUUCCACAACCUGGGCCUCCUGGUCGGCCUUUUCUCCCCACGCUGUGCGGACUUGUGGCCUGCCACCCGCCAGGAGGCUGUGAGCUGUGUCUACUCCCUGCUGUACCUCCAGCUGGGCUACGAGGGCUUCUCCCGUGACUACCGGGACGACGUGGCAGAGCGACUCCUCACCCUCAAGGACGGCCUUGUGCACCCCGACCCUGCCAUCCUCUUCCACACCUGCCACAGCAUAGCUCAGAUUAUUGCGAAGCGCCUCCCGCCGGCUCAGCUCAUCAACCUCUUGCUCACCUUGUUUGAGAGCCUGGGGGACCCCGACAAGAACUGCUCCAGAGCAGCUACAGUCAUGAUCAACUGCCUGCUGAAGGAGCGGGGCAGCAUGCUGCUGGAGAAGGUGCCUGAGAUCAUGAGCGUGCUGCGCUCCAAGCUGCAGGAGAGCCGCGAGGAGCACGUGCUGCAGUCGGCCCAGCACAGCGUGUAUGUCCUGGCGUCCCAGCACUGCGUGGCCGUGGUGACCAGCCUCCUGGGCAGUCCCCUGCCCUUCGACAGCCACACCUGCUCCCUGUGGCGGGCUCUGGCGAUGGAGCCUGGCCUCAGCGCCCAGGUGCUGGGGCUGCUGCUGGAGAAGAUGAGCAGAGACGUCCCCUUCAAGGAGAGCCGGACCUUCCUGCUGAGCAGCUCCCCCGACCGCGUGGCCACGCUGCUGCCUCUCGCGGCCACCUGCGCGCUGCACGAAGUCAUGUCUGCUCCGGCGUCCGGGCUUGCGGUGACCGAGCUCUACCCCCAGCUAUUUGCGGGGCUGCUGCUGCGUGUCAGCUGCACGGUGGGCGUCCAGCUGCCCCGGAACCUGCAGGCCAAGGAGCGGAGGUCCGGCAGCUCAGCUCUGGCCUCCAGGACCCUCGAUCCCUGCAGCUCUGCAGUGGAUGCUCUGCGGACAGUGCUGCUGCGGGGUGGCAGCGAGGAUGUGGUGCAGCGUGUGGAGCUGGAGGGGGCCUGGGAGCUGCUGAGCACCUCCACAGGCCAUGAGGAGGGGGUGGCCCGGCUGUCCAGUGCCAUGGCCAAGUUUGCAGGCCCCCGGCUGCCCCUGGUGAUGAAGGCGCUGCUGGGUGCACACAGCAGUGUGUACGAGGCCCAGAGGGUCACCUCCACAGCCUUCCUGGCCGAGCUGCUCACCAGUAACGUGGUGAACGACCUGAUGCUCCUGGAGUCACUGCUGGACAACCUGGCCGCCCGGCAGAAGGACCCCUGUGCCAGUGUACGGCGGCUGGUGCUCCGCGGCAUGGCCAACCUCGCCUCUGGCUCCCCCGAUAAGGUGCGGACCCACGGCCCCCAGCUCCUGACAGCCAUGAUCGGCGGGCUGGACGACGGGGACGACCCGCACAGCCUGGUGGCCCUGGAGGCCAUGGCCGGCCUGGCCAAGCUGCUGGACCUGGUGGAGCCCGAGGACCUGCGCACGGUGCUACUGCACACGGCCAUCCGCAUCCGGCCCUUCUUUGACAGUGAGAAGAUGGAGUUCCGCUCUGUGUCCAUCCGCCUCUUUGGGCACCUCAACAAGGCCUGCCACGGGGCCUGCGAGGAAGUCUUCCUGGAGCAGGUGGUGGGGGGCCUGGUGCCUCUGUUGCUGCAUCUGCAGGACCCCCAGCCCUCUGUGGCUGUUGCCUGCAGGUUCGCCCUGCGCAUGUGCGGCCCCAACCUGGAGUGCGAGGAGCUGGCAGCCGUCUUCCAGAAGCACCUGCAGGACGGCCGUGGCCUGCACUUCGGGGAGUUCCUCAAUGCCGCCUGCAAGCACCUGAUGUGCUACUUCCCAGACCUGCUGGGCCGCCUCGUGAGCACCAGCCUGUUCUACUUCAAGAGCAGCUGGGAGGACGUCCGCGCGGCUGCGCCCAUGCUCACAGGGUUCCUGGUGCUGCACGUGGAGCUCCAGCAGCAGGCGCAGGUGGACCUGGAGCAGCUCAUUGCAGCCCUCCAGCUCCUGCUCAAGGACCCAGCCCCCAAGGUGCGAGUGAAAGCUGCCGAGACUCUGGGCCGCCUGGUGAAGUUCGCCUGA